UCACGAUGAGCGGGACGAAUGAAGCGCGUAGUUCUGGAUAUGAUAAAACCUUUCCUUUACGAUUGGAUUAAUAGAAGAAUAUAAUGUAAACAAUAUAUAUAUAUGUGUUCAGAAAAUUAAAGUGGUAAUCGAAAAACGGAAAUAGAACAACAAAGAUUAUUAUUUAUCAAUUAAUGCCUAUAAAUUACAUUUCAUAUAGGCGGUAGCUACCGCUCUAUCGCCAUUGCAUCUAAAAUUGUUGUGACUUAUACAGAAAUUAGUUUUCUAAAUCUAAGUUCCGAGACUAUACCAGUUAAUACACUUUUUAAUAAUUAAAAAGAAAAAAACUUUCAAUAAACUUUUCUUAAACGUAUGUAUGAACAUAAAACUUCUCUAGCACCUGAGACUUAAAUUUCUUAAGUAUUUUUUCUAUCACGUAUUAUGACUAUGUUUAUGUUUAUUUAAUCUAGAAAUUAAAUCAGUAAUGCAAAAUAGUGCUUAUUAUAUGAAUUUGUAUCACAGAGGCGCGCGGUUGGCAGGCGCGCGGUGGGGAGAGCGGCGCGCGCGCAACAUGCUGGCGAGCUUCAAAGGUUUCUGGAAGGCGUGCCGCUAUGGGGACCUAUAUAUGGUAUUGGCAGCGCUGGCCGCGCAAUCCAUCAACAUAUCGGUGGGGUUCUGUCAGGGUUUCUCCGCGGUGCUGCUGCCCCAGUACACACUUGAGCAUCCCAACAUCACAUACGAGCAGAGUUCAUGGAUAGCGAGCUUAGGUGUGAUCUCCAACCCGGUGGGUGCACUGCUGGGCGGCAUGAUGGUGGACGCAGUGGGCAGGCGGCUAUUGCUACAGUCUAUCGUAUUACCUAACCUCAUUGGCUGGCUAGUUAUCGCCUUCUCAGAGACAUACGUGUUCCUAUGUAUCGGGAGAUUCAUCACCGGUUUCACUAUAGGUAUGUCGACAGUCUCCUACAUCUAUGUAGCCGAAAUAACAACACCGGAGAAGAGAGGGGUGCUCAGUGCCUUAGGACCUGGUUUGGUAUCGACCGGGAUAUUUGUAGUAUAUUCUCUUGGCGCAUUCAUUGACUGGAGAAGAGUUGCCGCUAUUUGCGCAGGCGUCUCUUUACUAACCCCUUGCCUCAUGUACUUUGUACCAGAAUCACCUCUUUGGCUCGCUUCUAAAGGUAACAUGAAAGAAGCUUACAACGCUAUGUAUUGGCUUAGACAAAAUAACAGCGCGGCUCAACAAGAGCUCAUGGAGUUUGCCAAAGACAGAAAAAUCGGAGGAACUAUGAAUUUUCGACAGAAGCUCGGCUUGUUCAAAAGGAGAAACGUCCUUAAACCUUUUGUUUUAUUAAUGGUAUUCUUCAUAUUCCAAGAAAUGUCUGGAAUCUACGUGAUACUGUACUACGCAGUGGAUUUCUUUAAAUCAGUAGGAACCAGUGUCAAUGAAUUUACAGCCUCUAUCAUAGUAGGUGGAGUGAGAGUUUUUAUGGGAGCGGUCGGUGCGUGUUUAAUUAACAGCUUCAGGAGAAAGACUUUAGCAGCAGCUUCCGGUCUUUUGCUUGGAGUAGCGAUGCUCGGAGCCGCUAUUUGUGAUACUGUGGACGGUCCUCCUUUAGUAAAAUUGGCCUGUGUAUUGCUUCACGUGUCAUUCAGUAUGGUAGGAUUUCUCCAACUCCCUUGGAUAAUGUCCGGGGAGUUGUACCCUCAAGAUAUACGAGGAGUGAUGUCCGGUGCCACCUCGUGCUGCGCCUACGUCUUAAUAUUCUUUAACAUAAAAACGUACCCUCAAUUGGAGAAUUUGCUAACCAGUAACGGAACGUUGUACCUGUUCGGGGGCUGUGCCCUUCUGGGGGCGGCGUAUUGCUUUUUCUUCUUGCCAGAGACAAAGGGGAAGACUUUGACAGAAAUCAUGAAACAGUUUGAUGAAGAGAAAAAAGAAAGUGAUCCCGAAAUAGGAUACAAAGAGAAAAAAGAAAGCAUUGAAAGAAGAGCGGUUCAGAGGAGGCACAGUGCCGAGGCAGCUGUUAAUUUGGAGAAGAGUGAUAUUUUUUCUACCAAUUGCAUUCAAGAAAAAAGUGAGAAACUUUAAUCGGUCGUGAGUAAUUUAGAACAGCAUUGUAUUUUUUUUAUAUAGUUUAUAUUGUAGCAGAAUACAGGGUCGGUUGUUACUGUGUAUGCAAAAAGAUAGUUACCAGUACGUAGAGUUACUAUUGUUUUGUGAUCUUUACCUAAUGGUAUUUUAAAUGAUUUUAUUAAAUAGUUCUUAAGAAAAAAUACAUUCCUUAGUUAAAUAGUUCCUAAGUGAUAGCGAUAUAAUGAUAUAUUUAAAUAAUAUCUUUUUACAAUAGUUCUUUUUUAUGUAUUUUUUUAUGAAAUUUAUUACGUAUUAUUUUAUUGAAGUUUAUCUACUAACAUGUUAUUCGGGUAUAUUUAUUUAAAUAAGUAAAAAUUUUGCAGUGUUUUUUAAAUUAUUUAUAACUUAUGAAAUCAAAUGAAAAUUAUAUUUACUUAAUGUUAUUUUAUAAUGCAUAAGCUAUGAAUCAAAGAUGUUUGCGAAUAUAAUAAGUAAUUAGUAAUAUAAAUACAUAAUAAUAAUGUACUGCGUGUGAUCUUGACUUAUAACUGUGAUGGAAGCAAUUAUUAAUAUUAUUAAUUAUUUUUUUUUCUAUGUAUGAAUAAAUGUUUCGUGUUGUUAUCUAUAUUUUCUCACUUAUUUCUCAACUAGAUGUUUACCUGAGA